UCACUUGUUUAUGGUGGCGUCACGGCGCAGUCUUUUCAUUCUCUCUGGGUGGCGGCAGACAGUCUGUCAGCGUCUCAAACACGACUUCGAAUAAAACCGUGAAAACACGGAAUAUUAACACAAACAUGAAUCUACAUCGCAGCUAAAGGAUCAAAUGGGAAGACAGAGUCUGGCUGUGCACAUACUGAAAGAAAGUGCUGAGAGUCACCUGAGAAGUUGUACAAUGCAGUGAACCAAAUGGGGCAUUGCAGUACCCGAAUCAUCGUCCUAUUCCUGCUUCAAUUCUUACGGACAUCAGCUAAAGAUGUCUCCAUUGACUGCAUGUGUGUCGGCAGUGACUGUAAUGAGCAGCAGUGCACUGGAGACCAGUGUUACACCUCUGUUAUCAUUAGCAACGAUGUGACAACAUUCAAACGUGGCUGUCUUGUCGGGUCGGAGAGCAAGCGCAUGACCUGCUCCGCAACACCCUCUGCUAGUCAUGUCGUAGAAUGCUGCUCCCAACACAUGUGCAAUGCCAACGUCUCGAAAGAGACCCUUCUUCGACUACUGCUGACAGAAGGAGAGGCAGCUGUGCAUUACCGUGUGGAGAUGCUGAUUCUCUUUGUGUUGGGGCCGUUUGUGGUUCUGGGAUUGCUAUCUGUUCUGGCUUUGCUGGUGUGCCGUAGACUCCAUCACGGGCGUCUGGAAAGACUGCAUGAGUUUGACACUGAGCAGGGGGCCAUUGACGGGCUCAUUGCAUCUAAUGUCGGAGACAGCACACUUGCGGAUCUGAUGGAUCACUCCUGCACAUCAGGCAGUGGUUCUGGACUGCCCUUCCUGGUGCAGAGGACGGUUGCACGGCAGAUCAGCCUGGUAGAGUGUGUUGGUAAGGGACGGUAUGGGGAAGUGUGGAGAGGUCAGUGGCAAGGAGAGAAUGUAGCCGUGAAGAUCUUCUCCUCCAGAGAUGAGAAGUCAUGGUUUAGAGAGACAGAAAUAUACAACACUGUUCUACUACGACAUGAAAAUAUAUUAGGAUUCAUGGCUUCUGAUAUGACCUCCCGAAACUCUAGCACUCAGCUGUGGCUCAUCACACACUACCACGAAAACGGCUCUCUCUACGACUACCUGCAGCGUGUUGCCGUGGAGAUGGCAGAUGGACUGCACAUGGCGGCGUCAGUAGCCAGCGGGCUGGUGCACCUGCACACGGAGAUUUUUGGCACUGAGGGCAAACCGGCUAUCGCUCACAGAGACCUGAAGAGCAAGAACAUCCUGGUGAAGAAAGAUCUGCAGUGCUGCAUCGCUGACCUGGGUAGAACGGUAGUGUAUAAUGAAAAUAGUUUUACAUAUAAUGUGGGAAAUAAUCCUAAAGUGGGAACUAAGCGCUACAUGGCACCGGAGGUUCUGGAUGAGACCAUUCAGACAGACUGUUUCGAUGCCUAUAAGAGGGUGGACAUCUGGGCCUUUGGGUUGGUGCUGUGGGAGAUCGCUCGCAGGACCAUCAGUAACGGAAUUGUAGAGGAAUACAAGCCGCCUUUCUAUGACCUGGUGCCUAAUGACCCCAGCUUUGACGACAUGAGGAAAGUGGUUUGUGUGGAGCAACAAAGGCCGUUCAUUCCCAACCGCUGGUUUUCAGAUCCUACCCUGUCUGCUCUGGUAAAGCUGAUGAAAGAGUGCUGGUACCAGAACCCCUCGGCUCGACUCACUGCCCUGCGCAUCAAAAAGACUCUGGAUAAGAUCCACAGCUCACUGGAGAAGGGCAAAACCGAUUGCUGAGGAGAGAGGGCCGCAGAACUACUGACCGCUCGCCCGCUCAUUAUACAGACACUGUGUAACCAGACCGUUGGAUUUGAGCACUGGCAUCUGUCCCAACUCUAACAUGCUGUUUAUUUGCUUUGUUCUUCUUGUCCAUUGGCCUAAAAACUUUUUAUAGAGAAUUACGCUCUCUUUUAUGGAUCAUUUUUCCCACUGAACCCGGUGGGACUCCCAUUUCCCCUCCAGAAACAGCAUAAAGGAGAAAAAUAUGGACACGUUCUGACAGGCCUUGCAUUGAACCUUCCAUCAUGGAAUUUUUUUUUUUUUGCACCAUCACGUUGUCUAUUUAACCACUGGCAAACUUUUAAGAUUUCUACUUUUCGGGAAAACGAAGAGGACAGAAACACACGCUGAAAUGCAAUCAGUACCCAUAGUGUGUGUGUUUGUGUGUGUAUGUGUGCGCAUGACAACCAGAAGAACUUUAUAGCUGUAAUGUCACUUGCUUUUAGAAAUCAGAUGUUUUUGAGCUUUUCAAAGGUUCUUUUAGAAAAAUAGGCAAAAGUCAGUCACAGUUUCUGAAUUUGCUAUUGUGGACUUGUUAUAAAGCUCUUUGGUUACAAAAUGCCACUAUGUACAGUAGAAAUUAGGCCUGUUUAGUGAUCAGAAUGGAGUGGUUAGAGAUAGUUCACCCAAAAUUGAAAAAUGUGUGAUCAGCGUGAACAUUUAAAGAAUGUUCACACUGCUCUUUUUCCAUGCAGUGAGUGCAUUUAGUGACCAGGGACUGUCAAGCUCCCUGAAAGUGAAAGAAACAUAGGAAAAAUGAUCAUAUGGUUUAUGGAACGGCAUGAGGAUGAGUAAAUGGGGACAGAAUUUUAAUAUAUUUUUUAGGUGAACUAUCCCUUUAUCCCUUUACUCUGGUCUUGCUCAGAGCAUCCCAUGAGGGCUUCCUUUGACAUAAGGCCUUUCUGACCUGUUGCCUCUAUGCCUGCCUGACAAAAGCCAUUGUAGCACAUCGUAGUGCUUUUUUGUAGCAGUUUGUCUUUCUCUUUGCCCUCACCGGCAUGUGUACUUGACGUUUCUUCACUGACAAUCAGCCGCUGUCCAUUAGGGCCUGAAUUAUUUGCUAAUGUUAUGUACAAAACCCUACUUAUUAUGAGUGUUCAAGGUAACUUGUCAACACACUAACAGAGCUAGUCAUAGUCAUAAACAGUCUCUGGUUUUGUGAAUUUGCAUAUUUGUUUACCCUCACGCUUUUUGACACUUUUGUAUUGCAGUUUUCAACAUACACCAUAAACCGAGAGAAUGCUGAAAAUUUUUACAUUUUAAACGUU